CCUCGACUCCUUUGGCUGCAACCCUCGUAGCUUUCUACCCCAUGAACGGUCUCACGUUUGUGAAUAUGCAAGUGAUGUAGCGACGCUCUGCCCACCAUUUCUGCUUGAACUCUCGUGCCGGGGGACUGCCCAACCUUAUCCCCAGGUCCGCGUCUCCAAAGGGUAUAGCGACCCAGCCCAGACGGUUUGAUCGAUAGGGACCGCUACCAGAGGAAUGGUGGUUCCGCAGUGGGCGCUGACCCACGAAUACUGAGAUAUAUGCGAGGUAUAAUGGGCGCCAUGUCCUCCCGUUGGGCACUCCAAUCGUGGAUCCAUGCCUUGUGCUGGAGACCCUUUGUUACGGCGAUUCAAUGUGCAAAAAUCACUUUGGUUGAAGGACUCGUUCUUCAUAUUUGUCCAUCCGCUACUUGACAGAUUGUAGGAGGACGUGUACAACCCCAAUGGACCGGACCGAUCCCAAGUACGCGCCGGCCGCCAUCAUGGCGCGUCAGAACACCAUGAUUGCUGUGACUGUCGCCAUGACGCUUGUUGGAGCGGUCGCGGUGGGUCUGCGUGUCUUCACUCGCGCCUACAUUGUUGGCACCAUGUGGGCCGACGACUGGGCCAUGAUCGCAGCAUUGUUCUUUGCAUUCGGAUACGCCUUGGAAGUGCUCAUCGAGGCGAAAUCGUUCAACGCUGGAUUCAGUGGAAAGGACCUUUCUCCACAUGAUAUGGUAGGCUUAAUCAAGGUCACAAUAGCCGUCGUGGUCACCUAUAAGUUGGUCCUCACACUUGCCAAAGUAUCAAUCUUGCUUUUCUACCUCCGAAUCGCUGUCCGUCCGUCCUUCGAGAAGUUAUCGCGAUGGACACUUAUUGUCGUUGUCCUUUUUCAGGUCGUUGUCACCUUUGGCACCAUCGGCCAGUGUGUCCCAAUAGAGAAGGCCUGGGACCUCACAGGGACAGUAAAGGGCAGAUGUAUUAACACCAACAUCUUCUACCGUUUCGCCUCCAUCUUCCACAUCGUAACUGACGUCUGGAUCCUUCUUCUCCCAACGAAGCUCGUCCUCUCCAUCCCCCGCCCACUGAAGGAGAAGCUCGCUCUCUUCGGCGUCUUUGGCCUCGGCUUCAUCACCGUCACGGCCGCAGGCUUCCGCCUUCAAUUCCUGAUCAUCUUCACGAGAUCUGCGGAUCCCUUCUUUGAAAUCGUCCCAAUACACAUCUGGAGCAUGGUGGAAGUCCACGUUGGGAUUCUCUGCGCCUCGGCCCCAACUCUACGCCCCCUCUUCUCGCGGGCGCAAAGGAGCAGGACAAAAGCGGUUAACGGUCACCCACCUGACAGUGAGACCAGGGGCAUAACGACAGUGACAAGCGGUACCAUAGCAGUGGCAAUCGGUGCCACGAUCCGCGGCUCCUAUCGCCCUCCCGUGCCUCCCAAAAGUCCGUCGUACGGUGGCAGCAUCGAGUCUAGUCCAACAUACGCGCAUGUACCAAGUCCUGCGUAUCGCAACAACUUGAGUCCCAUGGUCGUCGACGCCGCACCGAGCCGUAUCGUCAGACAAGACAAGACGGCAUUCGAGCUUGAUCUUGAGCGGAAUAGAGCUGGCGAUCCUGCACCGAGGCGACUGGCGCUGCUGAAACGCGACGAGAACGGGCUAUUUCGACCCGAGGCUGCCUACCGCGCAUGAGCGACGAUUACAGUUUUUUUAACAAUUUCCUUCCCUUUUAUGUAGCUAGCUGGCCCUGGCUUCUCGCAUCCUAGGCGCUACGAUUUGGCCGGCGGCAUUCUUACUUCUCAGUCUGCAUUCUUUCUUCGUGGGCGGCAUAAGAUGUCCUUGUUCCGUCUUAUUCUGGUUCUCGUAUCUAAUUGCUAUGAGGUGGGCUUGGGCGUUUUCUGGAAAGCAUGCAUACCCAUCGCAUCCUCGAGAAUCGAAAUCUCC